AUGGGUGAUCUAUAUCUUCAAAUGGGUGAAUAUUCGAAAGCACUUCAAUUUUACGAAACGGCACUUAAAAUAAGACAUAAAGCACUGCCUUCGCACCAUCCUGAUUUGGCUGAAUCCUACAACAGCAUGGGUGAGGUGUAUCAUCACAUGGGUGACAACGCGAAAGCACUUGAACUUUACGUGGUAGCACUUAAAACAUCCGAGAAAACCCUGCCUUCAAAUCACCCUGCUUUGGCUACUUUUUACAACAACAUCGGUCUUGCGUAUGGCAAUAUGAGUGAACACUCCAAAGCACUUGAGUUUUACGAAAAGGCAAUAAAAACCUACGGCAAAGCUCUACCUUCAAAUCAUCCUGCUUUGGCCACUUUUCACAACAAUAUCGGUCUUGCGCAUAACCACAUGGGUGAACAUUCGAAAGCACUUGAAUUUUACGAAGAAGCACUUAAAAUAAGAGAUAAAGCAUUACCCUCGCAUCAUCCUGAUUUGGCUGUAUCCUACAAUAACAUUGGUACAGUGUAUCAAAACAUGGGUGAUUACGCGAAAGCACUUGAAUUGUACGAUAAAGCAAACGAAGUUUUGAAAAAAACUCUACUCCCCAACCAUCCCCAUUUGGCUACUUCGUACUGCAACAUCGGCCAAGUUUAUUACAACAUGGGUGACUAUUUAAAAGCACUUGAGUUUUACGACAAAGCAUUUAAAAUAAGAGAAGAAGCUCUAUCUUCGAACCAUCCUGAUUUGGGUACUGUCUACAACAACAUCGGUCUAGUACAUAACAACAUGGGUGACUAUUUAAAAGCACUUGAGUUUUACGACCAAGCACUUAAAAUAAGAGAAGAAGCUCUCCCUCCAAAUGAUCUUGAUUUGGCUACUGUCUACAACAACAUCGGUCUUGCGUAUAACAACAUGGGUGAACACUCGAAAGCACUUGAAUUUUACGAAAAAGCACUUAAAAUAAGAGAUAAAGGAUUGCCCUCGCAUCAUCCUGAUUUGGCUGCAUCCUACAACAACAUUGGUACAGUGUAUCAAAACAUGGGUGAUUACGCGAAAGCACUUGAAUUGUACGAUAAAGCAAACGAAGUUUUGAAAAAAACUCUACUCCCCAACCAUCCCCAGUUGGCUACUUCGUACUGCAACAUCGGCCAAGUUUAUUACAACAUGGGUGACUAUUUAAAAGCACUUGAGUUUUACGACAAAGCACUUAAAAUAAGAGAAGAAGCUCUAUCUUCGAAUCAUCCUGAUUUGAGUACUGUUUACAACAACAUCGGUCAAGUUUAUUACAACAUGGGUGACUAUUCACAAGCACUUCAAUUUUACGACAAAGUACUUAAAAUAAGUGAAAAACUUCUCCCUCCAAAUCAUACUCAUUUAGCUGCUGCCUACAACAACAUCGGUCAAGUGUAUAACAACAUGGGUGACUAUGCAAAAGCACUUGAAUUUUACAAUAGCUCUUAUACAAUCUUAGAAAAAUUGCUUCCGAUCACACAUCCUAGCUUGGCCUCUUUCUACAACGACAUCGGUCAAGUUUAUUACAACAUGGGUGACUAUUCAAAAGCACUUGAGUUUUACGACCAAGCACUUAAAAUAAGAGAAGAAGCUCUCCCUCCAAAUCAUCCCGAUUUGGCUACUGUCUACAAUAACAUCGGUCUAGUACAUAACAACAUGGGUGACUAUUUAAAAGCACUUGAGUUUUACGACAAAGCACUUAAAAUAAGAGAAGAAGCUCUAUCUUGUAAUCAUCCUGAUUUGGCUACUGUCUACAACAACAUUGGUCUAGUACAUAACAAUAUGGGCGACUACUCGAAAGCACUUGAAUUUUACGAAAAAGCACUUAAAGUCUACGCAGAAGCUCUGCCUCCGAAUCAUUCCCAUCUGGCUACUUUGUAUACCAACGUCGGUACCGUGUAUUAUUACAUGGGUGACUAUUCGAAAGCGCUUGAAUUUCACGAAAAAGCACUCAAAGUAAGAGAAAAAGCUCUGCCUCCGAAUCAUCCUGAUUUGGCUGUUGGUUACUUGAGUUUUGCAGCAUGUUACGAAAGAAUGGGUGAUUACGCAGCUGCUCUUAAUGCUGUUCAAAGUGCUUUUGAAGUUCAGGAAAAAGCAUUUGAAGAAGAUAAUCCAGCUUUUGAUACAACAUACAGUUGGUUUGGAAGAGUUUAUCAGGAUAUGAAGGAUUAUUCAGGAGCACUACUUUGCUUUGAAAAGUGUCUUGUAAUAGCGCAGCGAACAUUAUCUGAAGGGCAUCCGUAUCAGGCUAUUAAAUACAGUAAUAUUGGUGAUGUUCAUCGAUUAAUGGGAGAUUAUGAAAUGGCAGUUUCGUUCCAUCGGAAAGCGUUAAAUAUUGCAGAAAAUAUUCAAUGUAAUUCUCUAGAAUGUGCAAAGAUAUACACAAAUUUAGGUGAAACUUAUCGACAAAUGGAAGAUUAUUCAACUGCAUUGACAUAUUUCGAAAAAGGAUUAGAAAUACGUGAAAAUAAACUACCAAAAAAUCAUCCUGAUUUAGCUGUAAUCUAUCAUAAUUUGGCGAAAUUAUAUUUGGCCAGUAGACAAUAUAGUAUGGCAAAGAAAAAUGUUCAACAAGCGGUAGAAAUUGCUCACCAGAAACUGCCUUCGAAUCAUCCUCAUCUAUUGGACUAUCAAGAAACAUUUGAAAAAAUUCCAAAGAAAUUUUAA